AUGGAUGUGUUUCUCGACGUUCUGGAUACAUUCGUCCUCGAUCGAUGCUAUGCCUUUCUUUCGCCCGACCCAACCGCGAUUCAUGGGAAUAUGAGCUUGCCUAGUGCUCAUAUCAACCGGCAUGUUCAAGUGUAUUAUCCUCUGCAACCUUCCAAAUGGGCUGAAGCAAGUCUUUGGAAAAGGGAUGAUCUCUCCAGACAGGCAUUGUCGUUGUACUUGAUUACAUGGCUCUUUGCAAUGCUCAUGUACCUCCUUGGGAGCCUUGUAUUAUACCAUACACUCUUCGAUAAACGACUCCUCCGGCACCCCCGAUUCCUGGCAGACCAAAUCAAGCUCGAGAUCAACCAAGGCAUAUCCGCCAUUCCCACCAUCACACUCCUCACAGUUCCAUUUUUCCUUGCGGAGAUAAAGGGGUGGUCAAAAUUAUACGACUUCACCAGCGAAUCGCCAUUCUGGGGAUACACUCUGCUGCAAUAUCCACUCUUCAUCUGCUUCACUGACAGUGGAAUUUACUGGAUACAUCGUGGCCUGCACCAUCCACUUGUAUAUCGCUGGCUCCACAAACCGCACCAUAAGUGGGCUGUGCCGACACCUUUCGCAAGUUACGCUUUCCACCCACUGGAUGGAUGGUCGCAGAGCCUCCCAUAUCACAUAUUUCCUAUGAUCUUCCCGCUACAGAAGGUUGCCUAUUUGGGAUUGUUUGUCUUUGUCACUUUGUGGACAGUACUGAUUCACGACGCUGAAUACCUGCCAACGUCGGAAAUUAUCAACGGAGCCUCUUGCCACACGAUGCAUCAUCUUUACUUCAAUUACAACUAUGGCCAAUUUACCACUGCCUGGGAUCGGCUUGGGGGAACCUAUCGCAAACCAAAAGGUGAUGCAUUUAUGGAAGCACAUCAAAAAGACGUGAAAUUGGCUAGCAAAGAUGACUGA